GCCCCCGCCUUGAGCUAAAGUAGUAUAAUAUAUGUCGUCUGUUAGUAGUCUUCGCCGCGUGUUGCUCCUGGGCUCGGGGUACACCUCAGCACCUCUAGUUGAAUGGCUGACGAGGGACGGGACCGUAUCUGUCACCGUGGCCUCCAAUAUCCCAGAGCAAGCCGACAGGGUUGCUGCUCCGUUCAAGAACACGAGCACUGCUGAAGUUGACGUCACGUCUGAUGCCAGUCUCUCUAGCCUCAUUCCAGGCCACAAUCUAGUCAUCAGUUACGUUCCAUUCACACUCCACCCACUGGUAGCCAGACAAUGCAUAGCCCACAAAGUGGACUUGGUGACUGCAAGUUACGUCAGUCCUGAGCUCCAGGAGUUGGAUGGGCCUGCAAAGGAAGUGGGGGUGACCCUGUUGAACGAGAUUGGUUUGGACCCUGGGAUUGAUCACAUGCUGGCCAUGCAGUGUAUUGACGAGGUCCACGACAAAGGGGGAAAAGUGCUCUCAUUUGAUUUGCUCUGCGGCGGUUUACCUGCUCCAGAAUGUGCUGAUAACCCCCUCAAGUACAAAUUCAGCUGGAGUCCGAAAGGUGUGCUCCUUGGAACCAUGCACCCCGCAACAUACUUGAAGGAUGGAAAGCUGGUGGAGGUACCAAGAGGGGGAGACAUACUGAGCACGGCACAAGACGUCAGCCUCUUCCCCGACCUCCCACUGGAGUUCUUCCCCAACAGAGACUCGGUCAAGUACAGGGAGGUGUACCAGAUCCCCGAGGCCUCCACCAUUGUCAGGAGCACCCUGCGCUACAGAGGGUUCUGUGGCAUAGCUCAGGGCCUGUUGAGACUGGGGCUGCUGGGUGAUGCUCAUGUCCAGAGACUGCAGCCUGACUCGGCCCCUCUUAGAUGGAGGGAUUUGCUGGCCAUACUGAUAUCUCAGUCUGAUGUCAGGACCCCAGACCUCCGUUCCUCUGUACUGGAGACCGUCGGAGGAGACCAGAAUGUUCUGACAGCCAUUGAGGGACUGGGUCUGCUCACCGAUGCGCCGGCUCCCCUGAGAGGAACACCAAUAGACACGCUCUGUGCCCAUCUCCAGGAGCGACUCCAGUACCAGCCAGGAGAGAGAGACGCCAUCUUUAUGAGAGAGACCUUCACCAUCCAGUGGCCCAACAGAACCAAAGAGCAGCGAUGGAUAGAUCUAGUCGAGUACGGGAAUCCAGAUGGCUACACUGCAAUGGCAAGGUGUGUGGGUCUGCCUACGGCCAUUGCAGCUCGUCUCAUUCUGGACGGUAAUGUGAAGGAGAAGGGGAUAGUUCGGCCAACGAUUCCCUCCCUGUACAACCCCAUUCUCCGUACUCUGAGAGACGAAGGAGUUCACUUGCAGUCUGGUAUCAGCAGGCUGGUCAACUAGACCUUGGUGCACUCACUGUCGACUAGAGCAUAUAUAGUCCACUUUUUCUCUUCUAAGGAGUAUGGUACAUUUAUACAAGUUUUCCACUUUCCUAACAUGUACAGGUAAUGCCGUUUAAUUGCACUCGCCUUGCAUCGUAGGUAAUUCUAAAGACAGUGAAAUCGUGGUGCUUUUUUUCUUAACACUUACGCAUGAUGUAACGUGCUAUGUAUAGUGAAAUUGAAAAUAUU